CUUCAGUGUAUCAGCGAGGAUGUCCGCUCAAUCUACUUCAACGCUUCUGUAAAUAAACGGAACAACCGAAACAUAGGCAACAAUGGAAAACAUGUGCACUGUGCAGGUGAAACUGGAGCUAGGGCACAGAGCCCAGUUAAGGAAGAAGGUCACCACCGAGGGCUUCACACACGACUGGAUGGUGUUUGUUCGAGGCCCAGAGACAUGUGACAUCCAGCACUUUGUGGAGAGAGUUGUCUUCCGCCUUCACGACAGCUUCCCAAAACCUAAAAGAGUUUGUAAAGAGCCUCCAUAUAAAGUUGAAGAGUCAGGCUAUGCUGGCUUCCUCAUGCCCAUAGAGGUUUACUUCAAAAACAAGGAGGAACCUAAAAAGGUGUGUUUUAAUUAUGACCUUUUCUUGAACCUGGAAGGCAACCCACCAGUCAAUCAUCUGCGGUGCGAGAAGCUCACGUUUAACAACCCCACACAUGAGUUUCGACGUAAACUGGUCAAGGCUGGUGGGGUUAUAGUUGUUCCUGAGGGAGCAGAGAUAAUGCCAAAGCCCAGUCCAGAUUAUCCAAUGCUGCCAACUAUUCCACUAUCCGCCUUCUCUGACCCCAAGAAGAUCAAGUCCUCCCAUGCAGUAAAGGAAGCCAGUAAAGAUGGAGGAAGUGGAAACAGCAAAGUGCUCAAAGCCCAUAAGGCAACCAAAGAGCAUCGAGAGCGCACACGAAAGGACUCUGAGAGCAAGGCUACAUCCAAAGAGAGCGACCGUGAGGGCAGCAAGUCCAACCGAGACCAAACUCAAUCCUCUGUUUCAAAGAAAGCCCCAGAGGGCAGAGGAAAAGAUGAGGGGAAAACUGUGCCCAAAGCAGCCUUCAAAGAGCCUAAACUAACAGUAAGAGAGUCCAAGAUGGAUGGGAUGUCUCCAAAAGUUGGAGGAGCAGUAACGGGCGGAGGGAGUCAGAUGGACACUAGAACCCCAAGCAAGCGGCCCGCAUCCACCACCGACUCUCCGAAGCUAAGCACCAAGAAACAGAAGAGGGUGGGCUCAGAGGGUAUGAAGGCGCCUGCCAGUGGGGUCUACAACAGUAAUUCCCCCCGUAUCACCUCAACAACACCCUCUAAUUACCCAGAGAAAAAAACUUCUAAAGAUAAAGGCCACUGGCCCAAGAUGAAACCAGAGGCGCAAGAAGUGAAAAGGCAGCCAGACUCUGAUGAGUCCAACUCUGAGGAUGAAGCCUCUUCAAAAUCUGAGCAGUCGGCUCCAUCCAGUCCAUCUAGUUCCAGCUCCAGUUCCAGCUCUGACUCUGACUUUGAGCCCUCCCAGAAACAAGGCCAAGGGACGCUCCGUACUAUGGUAGAGGAUAUGCACUCUGAAGGAUCUGAUGAUGACAGCAGCUCAGAGGUUGAGAUGCCCAUGAAGACAACUCCAACCAAUCAGGACUUUCGAUUAAGCAUGGAUAGUGAGAGUGAUGGAAAUGAGGAGUCUCGUCCUCCCAGCCAAGAAGCCCCUUCACCUCCACCCAAACUCAGCUCAGCAAACCUCAAGAUGUUAGGGAAAAAGAGCCCAGACUCUUGCACCCGUGAGAAGAUGCUGAAGAGGGGAUACGACAAGGUAGGAAGGGCUUAUACAGAGGAGCUUGUUGACCUUCACCGCAGGCUGAUGGCUCUGAGAGAGAGAAAUAUUUUACAGCAGAUCGUAAACCUUAUAGAAAAGACUGGCCAUUUCAAUAUCACCAAUACAACCUUUGACUUUGACCUGUUUUCCUUGGAUGAGUCAACAGUACGUAAACUUCAGAGCUACCUGGAAGCCACGUCUACGUGACACAAGGAUAGGUCUUCGUCAGUCAGUGAGAGAAAGGCUUCCAAACUUACUGGGGGAAGAGGGAAAUAUAUUGAAAGCAACAUAUAAAUGCACAGGAAACAAUACAAAUAAAAACUUUAUACUGUACUGAAAAAAGCAAACAAAAGGACCAGGGACAUAAAGGGGCGGUAUUCAGGGUUUAUUGAAUAUAAAAACAGCACUGCUUAUUGCACUAAACUUAAAGAAACAGACUGUUGGCACAAUACUGUCCAAAAUGAGAAAGAUCUCGCCAUUGGCACCAUGGAUGGGAUACCUUAUUACACGUAGGUACAUUUGAAGACUGGUUUUGCACCGAAGCUAUAACACCAGUGUAAUGGAUCCCUUGCUCGUGCCUGGAAGGGCCUUCUUAUGCAAUGUCUGAAGGACUGUCCCUUCACUAACCUGUUACUCCUCUGCUCCAUGUAUGUAAACCACUCAGCACAGUGUGGUUCAGUGGAAGAAGCCCAACAAGAUCAAACGUCAUUGGUAUACUGUUUAUAUCCACAUAGCCUUGUAGCCCCAUGUGUUGGAAUAAGUACAUACUCUCAAGCUUUUGGUGAUAGAUGCUCCCACAGAUCAGCUAAUGGGGAAAAACUAUAUGCCUUUGUAGUGCCUUUUUUUAAAUAUCAUGUUAAUUAUAGGGAUGUCCCGAUACCGAUACAGGUAUCGGAAUAGGGACCGAUUCCGCACUUGUGUACUUGUACUCAUGUUCAAAUAAAUGCUCUGAUACCAGAAACCGAUACCGCCUGACGUAUGAAUGUCAUUACAUAAACAUUCAGCACAAAUUAUAAUCAUGCUAUGUCCUAGUGAGAUUACUUAAUCGCAAUAGCUGCGAUUUAAUGAUCUAAAUAUAUCGUUUUCAUGUGGUGCGUGCUUCAAAUGUGAAUGCUUGUGAAUGUGCCGAGCCGUUGUUGUGCAAACAUAAAUACACAAAGUGCUUAUCACUUCUAGAGCUCCUUAGCUCAGACAUAGAAAAUGGCAUCAUGAGCAUUGCGCACACUGUUUGUAACAGAUGACAGCAAGCAGAGGGCUAAUUCACUUUGUAGCAUGAGGCACAUACAGACUACAUAUUUAUUCAAUUAAAUAGCUGCCUUUCGCAGAUUAAUAAUCACUUUGAGUCACCUAGUGACCAGCUUUUCUGAUUUGAGAAGCUACCAUCAUAACAACACAAAAAUACUUCAAAAUAAAAGCUCAAUUUAAAGGGGAAAAAUAUGACAGAAAUAGAUCACUACUGUAUAUUUAUGUAUUAUUCACUGUAAUACUACUACUCCUCCUCCUCCUACUACUACUACUACUAAUAAUAAUAAUAAUAAAUCAAAAGUAAUUGUAUUAUAUUUAAUCUGUGAUGCAGCACUUCAUUUCACAAAAAUAAAUCCAAUGUUGUAUUUUGGAUUGUGCUGUGAGGUUCUGUAGUAAAGCACUUAAUUUAAUAAAAAUAAUACAAUAUUAUGUUGAAAAUGAAUUGUUAUACUUUCAUUUGAUUACAUUUUUAAUUGAUGAAUUUAUUUAAACACCAUUUUGAUGAUAAAAUUGAAAUAAACUGUUGAUAUGAAAUUCAGAAAAAAAUGGUAUCGGGACAUCCCUAGUUAAUCAUAAUUGUUAGUGAGUCUCUCGACUUAGAAAUGCCUGAAAUUGACAUUCGAAGCCCUUUUCAACACCUGUCCAGAGAGAACAGAUUACGAGAGAUCCGUUUUGCAUGUUUGAUUUUAGAAAGGUCUUAAUUCCCAUUUGUUUCUUGAUGGUCAGCAACAAUUUGUUAAGCAUUUAAGGUUCUAGUUUAUUUAAGUAACUGCACUUUUUUUCUGGUCACUUCAGUGCUUCGUAAUUAUCUGAUAACUAUAUUUAUGAUUAUUUUCUCUCUCUUUUUUUACUUGCAAAAAUUUACAGAUUUUUGUCAAUUUUUUAAAUGCAUCUAUUGAAGUCAUAUUGAUGAUUCAGUCACUUGAGAGAAUAUGCACACAUAAUGAAGGGGGAAGUUUUUGUCUGUUUUCCAA